AGUCUCAGGUUUGAAGCAUCAAACGCAAAGCAAGUUUUCAUCUCAAAUGGCGACAGAUAAAGCGUUUUUCAGUGCCAAAACAGGAGAAAACCAUGGCAUUUUCGGGAGCAAACACUUGAAAUUCCACCGUCUGAGAGAUCCAAAAUGGCCAGCAGGAGAGAAAAUGAUUCAAUACGUUGGAAUGGCCAAAUUACAUGAGCGCAACCACAAACUGAAAGCCCUUAAAACCGCUAUAAAACGAAAGAACAAACAAUUUCGAGCCCGACAGAUGCGAAAAAUACUCAAAGAUGUCACCGUCUGCUUACGUAUUGCCCAUUACGGUGACAACCAGCGCAUCAAAAACAUGUUCCAGGAACAUACGGAAUUUCAGCGAGUGUUUUAUCCGAUGAUGAUCGAGAAAAUUGUUACCGAAGUAGACGAAAAAACUCUAGCCAAGCGGAAACUGUUGGAUCGACUAGUGCAUCAGCUUAACAGUUUGAAUCAAGCCUACGAAGCGGAGUUGAUAGAAGUCUCCAGACUGCAGGACAGAACGAAGUUCACCGAUCCCCAAAAACUGCACGAAGAAAUCGAAGCCACAAACUACGAAGUUGCGCUAAGAAACUGCGCUACGCGUACUUUGACGGCGUACAAUGUUCAAAGGGCGUUACAAGAAAUAAUUAAAGUCAUGUUAAAGGAUUCGAUCUACUAUGACCCUGUGUUGGGUGCAUUACAAGAAGACUUACUCGAACAAGAAAGUUUCAUCAAGAGUACGAUUAGUGCCGGAGUACCAGCAAUAAAAAUUAUACAAAGUCUGCAAUCGGAAUUCGAUGAAUUGGAAAAAAGUACGAGCAAAGAACUAAUGGACCGUUUUCAAAUUCUAAUGCAGCAACGAGACAUUUUAAAUUCCAACAAUACGCGUGUUAAAACCUUAGUUCGCAGGGAUAGUGAUUUCGACGUUAACCCAUCGCGCUACGAUAGGGAUACUGGAAGUAUGAUCGACUUAAAAUCCCAACUGGAAGAAAUCGAGCAAAUCUUGAAACAGCUUAAAAAUGCAACUUCCUGUGGGAAAGUGGAAGAAAUUUAUCCUAGAGUGAAACAACAAGACCGAGAUAAUGACCAAAUGAACAGAACUUUACGCAGACGUUCGCAUCAGCGAAAGAUAGGAGAAAUAGAGACGGAGCUGGCAGAGAUACAAUUCAGUGAUCUCAUUAAUGAUUUGACACCAGAAGAAAUGCAACGUGAUGCCGACUUCCAAAAACUUCAUGAGAAAAUCGAUAAGGAAAAGCAAACCCAGAAGUCUUUGUUAUCUGCUCGAAAAAACAUAGCAGAUGUCAGCACAUUGCUUGAUGUCUCGUUCAAGCACAUUUUAAAUGUUUUGCAAAAUGUUGAAACAGAAGAUGGAAAAAAUUUUCAUGGGCAACGUUCUUCGUACAUCAGCUUGCCCUUGGAGUUAGAUGCGAGCGAGCUUUCGCAAAAAAGUUCAAAUACCAGCAAAUGUUCAACUGUAAUCGCAUCAGCGAAAGAAAAAAUCAAGCAUCUUAUGGGUUUGCAUCAGGCAGAUUCAUCGCGGGAAAAGCAUCCUUCGUUGGAGAAGAAUUAUCAGAACAUUAUAUUGAGUGAGUACAACGAACAGUACAUGAAGAGUAUGAAAGAAGUUGAGAGAUCACUGGAUAUAACAGUAGAAGAUCCUACCAUAUUCACCAGGAAGCAAAUUAAAGCCAUCAGCGCGCAAAUAGUGGAGCAAAAUUUGAAACGAGACGAUUGAGUAACUAAAUUUUCGAGAGUCGAGAUAGAAUUCUAUUAGCGUUAGUAUUUUAAUAUUUUAA